UUUUUUUCCCAUAGAUUAUAUUUAAAAUUAGAUAAUAUGGCUACCGCACCAACAUUAUUUACAGAUGCCAUGGGAUUAAGUAUUGAUCGGGAGUCCAUACUGGCUGCUGUUGGAAACGAAGCAUUUCUUCGCGCUGGUACUUCGUGUGUAAGGCUGCCACAGAGGAUGCAGAUGCAGCAUAAAAAGGUGCACGGUCUCGCACUUAGUCAUGCAUGUUCGUUGAGACGUCUACUAUUAAUUUAUUGUGAGAAUGAAUUUUCUCUGUAUGAAUAUAUAACACAAAAAGAAACAUUUCAAUUAAUGUAUGAAGGCGAAACAAGAGACUGGAUUAAUGCUGCUACAUUUUUAAAGCAAGGAGACGGCUGUGAACUGGUGAUACAUAUGUCCCAUAGUGCGCUUUUACAUUUAAGAUAUGAUGACGGCGAAUGCCGUAUAUUGGAACUAGCAUGCUCCACAGAAUAUUCAAUGCUUUACCACACAAGUCUAAAUGGUUUUCAGUAUAACAAGCUCAUGAUAAUAAGUGGCAAUGGAUUUGGAGAAAUACUAAUUUGGCAACCACGCCAUCCUGUUGCUUUCAAUCCUGUGACAUUUACAAAAACGUAUCCUCUACGUUUGCGACUAAAGGCUCACAACGGUGUCAUAUUUUCAAUAGACUUCAAUUUAAGAGCUCAAUUGCUGGUAACCACUUCGGAUGAUCGCUCUUUAAAGUUUUGGCAAUUAAAUAGUAUACCCACAGCAGACUGGAAAUUGUGUGCGGCGGCUCCGCUCAGACCUAUGUUUAGCUGUUUUGGGCAUUCUUCUCGAGUUAUUUGUGCUAUUAUUGUAAUGUUCGAUGGCCAAGUGUUUGUAAUAAGCGGAGGCGAGGAUUCAUACAUUUGUCUUUGGAGUCAAUCUGGAGAUAUGCUAUUCAAGCGUCGUCAACAGUUUGGCGCUCCGAUAUGGCGACUUGGUUAUGACUCUAGUACCUUCACACUUUAUAGCACAAGUUCGACAGGAAACAUACUUGCAUAUAAUUUACAUACGGCUCUAAGGAAAAACGCAAUGAAUUUAACCAGUUUGACUACGAUACCAAUGAAUUCAACAAGUGAAUUUGUGAAAAAUAUUAAAUAUCUCAAUACCAGCACAAUCAUUGGUUUAAGUAGCAAGAAUCGCUUGUUAUACAUGAAAGUAUCGAGGUCAUCACAAAUGGAUGUUUGGAAAUUGGUUAUUGCUUUCCCUGCAUAUAAAUGCACAGUAUUGAGCGUGUACGACAGAAUAGUGGCAACCUGCGGAUAUCAGCGUGUUACACUUUUGGGUUAUAACACCGAGACCGAUAUUGAUACGGAGCACUUUCAAAUACUCUACGAUGGUAUAAUGCUUGAAGGUCUUAUUAAAUCAUUUCACUUUCUAAACAAAGAUACUUAUCUGAUAUCGGAUGAAUUCGGUAACUGCCUCAUACUCAAAGGGCUUACAAUGGAAAUUCAAGCAAGCAUCAAAAUCUCGAAUUGCCGUGAACCAUGGAUAACAGCUGCCCUGCUUGUAUCGCCAACAUAUUUGUUGUUAAGUUGCCGUAAUGGACAUACUAUGCUCUACUCAAAGAAUGCAUCUAAUCACUUCGACCUUAAGGAUACUCUCAAAUGCUUGCAUGGUAAUAUGGGAUCUAAUAUGUUUAAAUUUGUAUUAAGUAAUGAUAACUAUGCAUACGUACUAAGUGCCGGACACGAAUCAAUUUUGAAACAUUUGCGCAUAAGCUAUACUGAUUGCCGAUUGACAAUAAUGCGUCGGGAGUGUGUGCCUCUUUCUUGGGUGGAAGCAUCGCCCACAUUCGAUGUAUUGAUAGGUUUCAAUGACAAUCAUUUGGUGGUUUGGUCUCGUCAACAUGACGUACUCUUAGAGUUACAGUGCGGAGGCGCUCACAGAUGCUGGGAUUUUCAACUAAAUUGUAACGAACUUCAUAUAAUAUACGUUAAGCAAAAGCAAGUAUUUUUUUAUAGUCAGUUACUUUAUAAUAAUUGCCCAGAACGUUUCGUGUCCACAUUACAAAGUAGUUGGCACACACGAAAUUGCAAUAUCAUUCAGUUAAUUCAGCACCAAAACGAAAACCAGUCAUCAUAUAUGAUAUCAGCUGGUGAUGACAAUAUUAUUAAAAUUAACCAGUUAUCCGGUCAUUCAAUUAUUCAAUUUCAAUUAGCCGAACUGCAUACACAUAUUUCAAGCGUACGACACCUGAUAUUGUAUCCCAUUAAAUCCGAAAUUUUGCCAGACUUAUGGCUUAUCUUUUCUGUCGGAGGUCGAGCGCAGCUAUGCAUCAAUCAAAUAGACUUAAAAGGUCCAGUCAUAAGUGAAUUAUGCUCUCAUACCAUACAGUCAAAUUCUGCAAGUAAAACGAUUUCACAUAAUGCCCGACUUAUGGCAAUUCAAGUGGUUCAACAUUCGGAAAUUGAAUUUGGAAGAUUUUCGCUAUAUUUAGGUAGUGCUGAUGGAAAAAUUCGUUUGCUUAGCUGGCGUCUCGAAAAUCCAUCAGAGGUACAUUUACAACGCCAAAUUGAUAUAGAUCGCUGUCCGCUUCAUUUACAAUUUUUGAACAAUAACAAUUUAUUGCUAAUUUCAACCACACAUGGGAUGCUUUAUGGAUUCGAUCACACUCUCUCUUUCAAGCGUUUUCAGCUCCAGUUGCACACUACCGGCAUCAAUGCAUUACAUGCUGUUGUCAAUGACCAUUUAUUACAUGUGCUAUCUGGCGGCGAUGAUGAAAACGUUAAACAUACCAUUAUUCAUUUGACUGACAUGACAAUACAACACAGCACAGCAUUCCAAGACCUUCAUAAUGCCCAGGUUAAUGCCUUGACUCUGUACCCAUAUCGUGGCGUCGAUCAAACCUUUGAAAUUUGUGCAUAUACGUGUAGUAUCGAUAAGCAAAUCUUUAAGGUGAAUUUAACGACUAAACAAUAUACCCGUAUCGGCUUUACGUGUAUAUCUGAUGUGAAAGGAUUGCUUCUAUAUAACAACAAAUAUUUAUAUAUUUAUGGCUCUGGGUUACACGUCAUGGCUCUGUAAUAAGAUUAUUGAUGCCCUUUUAUAUAAUUAUACACUAGGGGGCUCGAAAGUAAAUUAGCAGUGCUGUUAUAAAAAAUUUAUAUAGUAUAACAUUUUAUGUGCAAAUAACAUCAAAAUUAAAAAAAAAAAACUGUUUAAUAAAUGAAUGAUAAAAAA